AUGAAUCUGAGGGUGCGAGGCCCUCGGGGACUGGCUACCUUGCCAAGCGUGGACCCCACCACCUCCACCUCGGAGUUUCGGAACUUGCUGGAAUCCGCGACCGGCAUCCCCGCCCUCCGACAGGAGGUUCUGGCAGGCUUCCCCCCGAGGCCCCUGGACCUGACCAGCGAUGUGUCGAUCACGGUUCUGGGCAUCAAGGCGGGGGACAUGCUGACCGUGAGGGAAAGCGUCCAGGCCCUGCGGGAGCCAGCCGGCGAGGAGCAGCACACUGAGACCGCAUCAGAAGUCUCCACACUGCAUGCCAUGGAAGCGAUGGAUGAGGACGAGGCGCUGGCGCGCGCCAUUGCUGCAAGCCUGGACGAGCCAGCGGCUGCCUCCCAGGCCCCUCCUGCGCAGCCCCGCCCCGCACCCGCCGUUUCUCGGCCCGCCACCCGCAUCCACACCCUGGCAAGCGCGAGCGGGAGGGAUUCUGGCGAGGCGCACGCCGCGCCCCCACCCGGCGCCGAGGUGAUGCUGCCGGACGGCAGCUGCCUGGUGCGGCGCGUGAUCGACGCGGACAACAGCUGCCUGUUCAACGCGGUGGGGUACACCAUGGAGAGCGGGCUGCGGUACAAAGCUCCCGUCCUGCGCCAGAUGAUCGUGGAGGCGGUACUGGCCGACCCAGGGCAGUGGAGCGCCGCCGUCCUAGAAAAAGACCCUGUGGACUACUGCGCCUGGAUCGACGACCCACACCACUGGGGCGGCGCCAUCGAGUUGUCCAUCUUGUCCAAGCGGUACGGGCGCCAGAUCGCGGCCUUCGACAUCCAGACGCAGCGCCUGGACCUGUACGGCUCCGAGCACGCCGACUACACCGAGCGCGUGCUGGUGCUCUACGACGGCCUGCACUACGACGCGCUGGCGGUGUCGCCCUUCCCCGGCGCGCCCGAGGACAUGGACGCCACGGUGUUCCCUGUGGACGGCCGGCGUACGCGCGAGGUCAUGGCGGCGGCGGGGCGGCUGGUGGCGGCCGCGCACGACGCGCGCCAGUUCACCGACACCGCCGCCUUCACGCUGCGCUGCGGCGUCUGCGGUGCUGGCCUGCGUGGCGAGCGCGAGGCGGUGGGCCACGCCAAGGCCACGGGCCACGCCGACUUCUCAGAGUACUAG